GAAUAAUGUUUAGGUAUAUUUUUACUUCCUUGUGUAGUUUAGUAAGGUUUAUAAAUGAAUGUUUAUAGAUAUGUAUUUUAUACAUUUGUCUGUAAGAUAGCAUGAUGAAAGGAUAUAUGCUUUUCGUAUAUCUAUGCAUAGCAUACCAACACUUUUAUUGCGCAUCUUCUCAAGGAAUUGAAUUAGGAUCAACAGGAUGUUCAACAACUGUAUCUGAUUCCUGUAUGUCACCUAAUGCGGUAUGUCAGUCAAGUGGAUAUUGUACAUGUUACGAUGGAUAUUAUGAUGAUAAUGGAAGUCAAGCUGGUGGUGGAACUUGUACUAGAAAAGUUGAAUUAGGAUUAACUGGAUGUUCAACAACUGUAUCUGAUUCCUGUAUGUCACUUUAUGCUACAUGCCAGUCAAAUGGAGGAAUGUGUACAUGUAAUGGUGGAUAUUAUGAUGAUAAUGGAAGUCGGGCUGGCGGAACUUGUAGGCAAA